CGACCGUUUCUUUCACAUUAGGUUUGCAGUGUCAUAAAGAAUAAAAGUAUAUGAAUCACUCUUCGAAUUUGUGAAACAAAUAAAGGAAUAAGAUUAAGCUUGUUUAUAAGGUCGUUUCACAUGAGGUGUUAAGAGUGUCCCGUUUGACACACUAUGUCAUGUGCUCAGAACAAAGAUGCCAUCAUACAGUGGUCUACUUAAAGAAGAGGAUGCCCAGAACUGGAUCAAGGCAUCACUCGCGCUACAAAUAACAAAAGAGGGACUGGAAGACUUUGUCGAAGAUGGACUCCAGUGUGUACACAGUGACAUUUACAACAGCGUCAGGUCUGCUAAUUGCCUACCAAAAGGGGCACAUUGCACAACUUGUUUCACUGAAAACUUGCUGCAGUGUCCAACCCGCAUCAAGUGUAACAUGUCCAGAAUCUGCAAAUUUCACACCGUGAAUCGGUACAAACCAUGUCCAAACAACAUAUGUGAACAUGCUCGUGAUGAAAUCAUUCAGCGCCACCGAUUUUCGGGCCCAUCGUGGAAAAACACGAAUGCUGACAACUGGUGUACCAGCCCCUGGGAGAUAGCUAAGUGCUUCCUCCCUCCUGAUGGCUACAAGACCGUGCCCUCCAUCCAAAACAGCGACUUCAACGGCGUGAUCAGCUUGCUCAUCAAUUGCAAGGACUUCGAGGGAAAACUCUCAUUUAACGUAUUAACGAAGUCACAUCUAUUGACAGAGCUCCGAAAAAUCGGAAGGGCUGUGCGACACUCCUCAAGUUUGAAGGUGACAGGAGCAAACCUGCACGAUUACCUGAAUAAGCUAAGGACGCUGCUUAAUGAUUCAAAAGAACUUGCGAACAGACCCGAUGCUAAAAGGGCCGUUGAUGAACUGGAUAAUCUCGAGAGCGACGGGUUCACUAUCUGUCCAGAAAAAACUGACGCAAUACUGAACGAAGAUCUUCGACUACGUUUGGCGAGCCACUACCGAGACAACCUUGCUUAUAUGCCGAUAUCUCCUAUUCGUCCAGACAGGGACGCCAAACUCAGCAUGUUCUACGUGACGCCAAAAAUCGUGGAGAAGAACCAUAGAACCCCUGAAACUGAAGAUAUAGAUGUCACCAGAUACAAAGAUCUGUUCGGUCCAGAGUUCCAGAAAAACAACAUAUUUCUCGUAGGAGAGCCGGGCAGGGGGAAAUCAACAGUCUCAGCAAACUGUGCCCUAGAAUGGAGCAGGCAACAUUUAAGAAUGGACACGAAUGAAACCAUGCAGAGAGACACCAAUUUCUUUAGCGAUACAGACUAUUUUGAAAGUGUUGAGUUUAUGUUUCACAUCAAAUUGCGAGAUGCUUGUGAGUUCUGUGAUCUGAACGAAAUCAUUAAAGAUCAGAUUAUAGCUCAAAUAUAUCAACCUAAAGAUGUUGACGCAGGAUGCAAAUUAGCACAGAAAGUGCUUGAAGACAACAACUGCAUCAUCAUAGGAGACGGCCUGGACGAGUGGACACACCCGACGGACAGCCUGACGGACCGGCUGUGUCGUUGUCCUAGAGACGAGAAAGGCGUUCUUCCGUUUCGCAACUCCGCAAUAAAAGCGAACGUUCUAAUCACAACACGGCCAUGGCGAUUAUCUCAGCAUCGCGUUAAGGAUUCAAAAAUUCAAAAAUAUUUAGAUAUCAACGGUGUCUCAGACAAGGUUGAGCUUGUCGAUAGCGUUUUGUCUGUCCUGAACGGCAACACCGGAACAAAGCGUUCUAAAGAUUUUUUUACUUACGUUGAACAGCUAGGAAUAGAAAACCUUUUGUCAGUUCCAAUCAUCACAAUGCAGCUUGUUUGCAUGUGGUUUGAAUGCCGUACACUCAGUGGUUCGAUCUGUGACAUAUAUGCGUCCAUGGUGGAUAUGCUGUUCGGACCUAGUCGUUUAAAUAAUUUAGAAACAAAGAAAAAGAAGGAAAUAGAAAUGCCCGAUUGUAUUUCAAACAAAGAAAUGCCCGAUUGUAUUUCAAACCAAGAAAACGUCAUGAAGAACCACGAAGUUUUUAUCAAGCUUUGUCGAUUAGCGUUCAUUACUCUGUUUUCACGAGAAGACAAAUCCGUGGUUGUCUUCGAAGAAACUACGAUCAAGAACGUAAUGUUCAUGAGUGAUCAAAUGGUGUCUUUGAAAUCAGGCAUUCUAACUGAAAGAAAAUCAAAUUCAUAUGGCAAAAAGUCGUCACAUUUUUCUUUCAUUCACAAAACGUUCCAAGAAUUCCUUGCCGCAGUACAUCUUUUCUUAAACGAAGACGAAUACGAAAAAAUAGUGAAUAGUCGGUGCAUUGGUGAUGCUGGAAAUGUAUUGGAUAUUUCACAAGUGUUUAUUUUCAUAUGUGGAAUUAAACCAGCCCUUGGAGUACAAAUGUCUUUUUGGAUCGGGGAAAUUAUUCCCAAGUCCUCAAUCGAUACAACAUUGAUGGAUUAUUACGACUACGAGAUUUCCCGUCCGGACAUCAGCAUCAUUAGAUCAAUACAGGACAUGAUUAAAGACGGGUACCGUGAAGCCCAAAAAAACAACCACGGUGACAUCCCUUUAACUCUCACACACUAUAUUACCAGUUUCAAUGAUGACGCUACAAUACAGCUGAUGAGAAUAAACAAGUGCCGUGUACAGUCAAUAAACACCUUCGGAAUCAAUGUUGCAGGGAGUGAUGAGGAGCUACAAGAGGUGUUCACCUCCUCCUCCGACUCCCUCACAUCAGUGGAACUCGAUCACCGUAAUGGGCAGUAUGACCUGUCUCAGUGUCACAGGCUGAAACAUCUGAGUAUAAGUGGAACAAAUACUACAUGCGUCCAGGUGGAUACAACAAAUCUCACAACGUGCGAACUUAAUUCUGUGUCGAGUAAUGUUGAAAAUUAUAUUAUGAGUUCAUUAAAUUGCACCGAUGUGAUGAGUAAACUACAAACCCUUAUUUUAAGUUAUGUGGAAGAUACCCAGUUACUCUGCGAUACACUUCCAAGACUGUCUCAGUUACAAUUCAUUCGUAUAUGCUUCGCAGGUCUCCGUGAGUCCCACUUCCUCCCUCCAGACUCUAUCACCCAUAUUAAACUGAAGCAUGUGACAAUGACAGCGGAGGCGUUGAGGAAGCUGUUGAAGAGAAUGGAGAAAAUACCGCACCCCGUGAAAUGUGUGUUACGUAGGUGUGAUGUGAAACCUGCCAGUGAUGUGAAACACAUAAGACAGUAUGUGCAAGAUUCAAACGUGUUUUCUCUUGAAAGGUAUGAUCCUGGAAUGGGAUAUGAAAAACUCGAUUUUGUUUUCAAAUCAAAUGUGCAAGAUUCGGAUUGUGAACGGCUUACAGAGCAACCUAGACUCGAAUCUGGAGAAGAAACUGAAGAAGAAACUCGGGAAGAUACUGGAGAAGAAAUCUGGAGAAGAAUCUGCAGAAUCUGGAUGAUAAUCUGGAUGAUAAUCUCGAGAAGCAUUUGGAGAAUCUGGAGAAGAGUCUGAAAAAGAACACAUUUACAGCAUAGUGAACCUUCCUUCACAAUAUUUUCUUGAAUACGACAAAAAAACACGACAUUCAUCAAAUAUGUUCAUAUGAAUUUGUAAAUUCAAUCACUUCUUCCUAUGUUUUGUAUUUUUAUGUACAAUUAUGCACCAGUCAAUUGUAACCACGUCCCCCAGGUCCGAGAAAUGUCAGAGACUAU